UAUUCUAUUUAAAAACGAUUUAAGUUCAUUAUUAACAUUAUAACUUCCUUAAACGGUUGUACUGAGGAAGAAAAAAGAAUUACUUUAAGAAAUGGGCGAUCAAAUUGAUGAAGAGAAGGAUUCUUUUUUAGAAAGAGGUAAAUACACGGGCACAUCUAGUUCUACAGAGAGUGAAAGGAAAAACUGUAUGCAUGAUACUGAUCAUAAAGAAGAACAUACUUCGAGUUUAAAGAGCAAAACAACUCAAAGUCCAUUCAAGGAAAUCAACCCAGAAAUUUCAGGUUCAGGAAUAGAAAAAUCCGAAGUAAAGACAGUUCAAUGGCUGCAGGGAAACAUAGAAACAAGAUACAUUGCAAAUCAAGGCUUCCAACACAAAUUCAUAACUGAUUCAUCAAACAAAGCCUCCUCGACACUGAAACUAAGAAAUUCUGAUCAACUUCUUGAUAUAAACGAUGAAGAUGUUACAUUGAUGUCUCAUACUGAAGUAUUGGGGCUCUUAGAAAAAAUACCUUUAAAUGAAAAUGCAACGCUGAUUUACAUGAGACCCUCGUCGAACUCUGUUACAGAUGUGAAGUUUUCUUUAUAUAAAUUUGAAGGAACUUUUGUGGUACGUUUACAUAAUCACUCUUCAAAUUCUGUGGAACCAGAUUCGACUAAGAUUUGGAAGCGCAUGGUUGUUUUGAAUAAACAAUUAACACACAAAUUUAUGCAGGCCUUUGGAAAACAGAGUGACAGAAUCGUUUUUAAACAACUCGAAUCCGAGGUACCAAACAAAGGGCCGUGCAAAUUUCUAAACAGUCGUUUUCUGGAGGAAAGAAAACUAGUAGAACAGUUCUAUAGAAGGCGCUAUUCAACAAUAUCUCAAAACGGAGAAAACAAAUAUCUGCACGUUACAGAUGAUGGCGACCUUACUCUUGUGCCUAAAUCUGGCAAAUUAACAAACUUCGAAUUCAAAUUGAUCCCAGCUCGGUUCAAUGCAUUUUAUGUUCUGAAUGAGAUAUCAACAGAUCGUUUUAUGAAACUUGAAGGAAACGAAGGUAAAUUUGCAGAUGUAAACUACAAACCAGAUGUUGACAGAAUUGGGGAUGACUUUAGAUUUGAAUUACAGAACUGUAAUUGCAAACGUUCGCAUAAGUCUUGUGUGAUUAUCUGAAACUGUAUAUACAGAUCAUUAUAUACUACCGAUGAUAUAACGAUAUUGCCAUUUGACAAUUAACCUAUGAAUUGUUUAAUGUCUAUAUUGUAGCUUAUACAAAUGAAGUACAUUCAAAUAUCCGGAAAUGCUACACCAAACGUAUAUAAAAUGUGAGCCCAAUAUAACAAAAGUUAUAAUAUUUGUUGCGAUUUUGGUAAUUUUCCUCAUGUCGUUCG